AUGUUCCAAGUUUUAUUGUUCCUUCUGGCCGGAGUCUCGGCUAGCAGCGAACCCAUCAAGCCGUUGGGCGUCCUUGACUUUCGUCGGGCCAGAAUUCAAGGUCUCAAUCCAGGAGAAGAAUUCCAAAUCGAAUUGACGCUUAAAAAUCAGGCUGAAAUUGUUCUUCGUGGAAGAACCACAGAAGAGUCGUUCGAUGACAGUGCCUUGUUGUUAAACCUGACCAUAAAAUUAAGUGAAGGAGCAACACUCAGGAUAGGCGGUGAGAGAAUUAACUGAGGGCACGGCCAACGUUUAUUAUAGGCAUCGUCAAGACAAAAGCCCUACCAAUACGGGAUCAUGUCAGCAUCAAACUCAGUUACAAAGACGGCCGGAACUUCAGCGUCAUAAUUGAUGACAACACGUUCUAUGAAGGACCAGGUGGCUUUGCAGUUGAUACACGAUACAUCGGAAUUCAUGGCGAUGCGUUGGUGACAAAGCUUGAUGUGGAAGAAUCAAAUACGAUAAAGAUCAUUAACAACGUUGCAACUAUCAGCCUAAAGGAAGGUAGGAGUUUCAACAACGUCUUCUGCAUUUAGCACUUAGCAUCUAUUGAGAAAUUCUGUGAAAAAUUUUUUUAUACAAGAGGUAGUAAACGAAUAUCAUGUACUAAUAUCUUUUUAGGAGACUCUUUGACACUUGAAUUCCGCAAAUCGUAAGUGGGCUAUUAGAGAAGGGGACUAAUGGGGGGAAAGACGCUUUAGCAAUCUCGGAAAUAUUCUGUUAAAUAAUACUCCAGUGAAAAGUGCGCACAUCAAAUUCCAUACAAAAAAUCGUAGAUAAUGGAGAAUUUAAGCCUACCAUGCAUAUAGGACUAUCAAAAAAUUAAAUUUUUGAGCAAUUCUUAAGUAUAUAUACAGGUACAUGUACAACGCGUUUGGUUAUGCGCAACAUCGAUGUUUACGGUCUAAAAAUUGAGCAGUUGGGCUAGUCACCUUUUUGGGCCAUUGUCCCAAUGGUCUUUUCCCCACUAGUCCCCCUCUCUAAUCGUCUUUUUCCUCAACAGUCCGCCGUAUAUCCGCUUGGCACUGCUGGAUCAGUAUGACAACCAGAACCUGUAUAUGUUUACUGGUAACCCUUACAUUUGGAUCAACCGGAAUACCGGCGAAGGACACGUUCCGAAGCCUUCUCUGUCAUUUAGUUACAAAUACAAUUCAGCCGGUGUAAUCCUAGUCUUCAAGAACACGCUUCAAGGCCUUGAGCUUUACGCCAACGGGGGUUUUGUAACAUUAUGGAAACACGACGAAAGCGCAACUAAUCGAGCAUAUGAUCGACUCUAUAUUGACCCAAAUCAUUUGGGAUACUUAAAAAGCAGCUCCAUUUCCAGGAAGAAAUAG